AUGAGAAAUGCUGCAAUAAUCAAGAGGGGAGAUGAUGAGAGCCUGGACAUUUAUUUUGGCUGUGGACCAAUUCUGCACAACACAGAAUCUGAAAGGACUUUUCUCAAAAAGAACAUUUCUAUAAGAAAGGUUGAUUUUGACUAUUUUUACACGAUAUUUUACACCCUUCCACGCCUUUCAGAACUUGUUGAAGAUGAGUGGAUCUCACUUUGUAAAUUUACCAGAUUCACUAGCAUUCCUUUGCCAUCAACAUAUCAGUGGUAUCAUUCUCGAGCUGAACUUCUUGACCUAAAGCCAAGUGACUGGUCUCAGCAAGACAAGGGUUCAAAUUCAGUUGAAAUGGAUAACCAAACAGAAUGGACUGAUGUUCAGAAAAAGAUUAUCCCUUGGAAAAAUAGCAUUCCUGAUUUAGACCUGGAACUGGUAUUUCAGGACCGUGCUGCUAAACUUGGUAAAUCAAACAGUAGACUGAUUGUAGUGGCUUCACUUAUUGAUAAACCCACAAAUUUGUGUUGA